GUCACUGGUCUCCGACAGGCGACAACGAUCACACGGUUUUCCGAAUUCAGACAAAAUAAAAACAACAAAAUAAAAUAAAUUUUCACGUCAUCAAACAGUGUAGUGUUUGGUGCUCAUACACUUAUAAAACGACGCAGUGUGUGUGGACCUAAAGUCUCUGGAGACAGAGACGAAGACUGAGGCAGAGAGAGAGAGAGAAUGGCGCUUCCCAUGGAAAUCGGGGUAGCGAUCGCGGUGUUUCUGAUGGCGGUAGCCAUGGAAUCGGACGGUCGAGAGCUGCGGCCGUCGGAUCACGGACUCCGAUACCAGGGCUCGCCGCCGCCGAGCGCGAAGUCGCCGACGGAAGUGAAGUCUUUCUUCGUCGGGGGAGGAGGAGGAGGCGGAGGAGGGGGAGAAAAUUCGCCGACGGCAUUGCCGAAGGCGAUGAACUCGAGCGACCCGUCGUGGUGGAACGGCGUCGUCUCACGCGGCGGCGGGCACAGAGAUCACGUGAGGGACGUGUUGUUGCUGGCCAGCUUGGUUUGUGGGAUUACAGGUGUCGCUCUGUUUGUGGCGUCUGCCGUUGUGUAUCUGUUAAGGAACCGAAAGCAUAAAUCAUUACCAUCAUCAGCGUCAUCAUGAGGUAAUGAUCUCUAUUAUAACAACUAGUGCUUGCCUGGAUUUCUGCUCCAUUUUUUUCUUUUUCUUUUUCUUUUUUAUGUUUUUCGUGAGU